GCCAGGCGGUGCAGUCAGGCUCGGCUCGGGUCGCGGCGGCAGUGUGCAUUGGACCAGCGAGGGGGGCGCACGUGUUUCUCCCGGCGGCAAGGCGUUACACACACCACAAUGUUCUAAGUCCCUUCUCCCCCGUGUGACCGCGUGUCCCGUGUGGUUAUGACGCUCCCCCGUGGCUAUAAGUGAGACGGUGUAGUGUGUCAUCCCCCCAGGCCCCCACAAGCACCCCCAGCACCCCAGUUUACGUCGUUUUUGGCCCCCCUUCUCGCCCCCCCUUCCACCCCCGAAAAGGAAGGGAUUUGGCCCACCUCUUAAUUUUUAUUUUUUUUAAUUUCCGAGUUUUUUCUUCAGAUUCACGUUUGGAAAAUAUGUUGACCUCAAAGUUUGACCUCGGCGUGACCUCAACACCUGUCCGGCGCUGAUUGGCUAUACCAGAAAUCCAGGAAACCGAGGAUCAACAACAACAACAACAACAAGAGGAACAACAACAACAACAACAACAACAGCUAACCCUUUUUUCCUCGCCACUUUCUCUAUUCAACCAAAUACAAAAUAAAAUAAAAUAAAGGAAAACAAUUAAGGGAAAAAAAAGAAGACAAGCUCACAACAGGAAGGACAAAAAAAAAAGAAAGAGGAAAACAAGAGAAAGAUAAAACAAUGGAUUAAAAAAAGGAAGAACAAAUAAAAGAUAAUAAAAUAAAGAAAAUGAAAAAAUAAAGGAAAACAAUUAAGGAAAAAAAGAAGACAAGGUUACAACAGGAAGGGCAUUAAAAAAAAAAGAAGAAACAGGAGGAAGACAAAACAAUGGAAUAAAAAAGGAAGAACAAAUAAAAAGGAAUAAAAGAAAGAAGAAGAAAAACAGUAAAGAAAGGAAUAGGAAAUUGAAUAAAAACAGAAGACAACAGAAGACAACAGAAUAACAGAAGUAUAAGAGUAAAAAUUAGAAGAAAAAAACGAAAUAACCGAAGAUAAAAAAAGAGGAUAAAUAAAAAGGAAGACAAACAUGGAAUAAGGCACAAAAAGCAAGGAAGACAAACCUGAAGACAAGACAAAAAAAAUGAAGCAAAGUUGGAAAUUAGAAAGAAAACAUUGAAGGAGAAAUAAAAUAAAGGUACAAUAGAAAGGGAGACAAACCAGAAGAAGAAAACACAAAAACUAAGGAAGACAAACCUGAAGACAAGGAGACAACAAGAAAGAUGAAGAAAGAUGGAAAAUAAGAAAGAAAAGAUUAUAGGAGAAAUAAAAUAGGGAUAAAAAAGAAAAAAGAACAUAGGGAAGAGAAACCAGAAGAAGAAAACACAAAAAAGCAAGGAAGACAAAAUCGACCACAAGAAGAAAACAAGAAAAAUGGAGAAAGCUGUAAAAUAAGAAAAGAAAACACAGAAAGGAAAUCAAAAGAGCCAACAAAAACAAGGAAGACAAACAAGAAGAAAACAAAAAAAACAGUGAAGACAAAAUCGGGACAAAACACCAAAAAUACAUAAAUAAUAAAAACUAGAAAAAACAAUAAAACAGACAAAAGAAGACAAGAAGACAGAAGACAACAAGAAGACAAAAGAAGACAAACAAACACAAAAAAACAGAGGAAUGCGAGACCCACGGAGAAUCACGCACCACCUAUCCACAACUUUGUACCUAUCCAUGCUUCUGUGGGGAGGAGGAGGAGGAGGAGGAGGAGGAGGAGGUGAAGGAGGAGGAGGAAGGGAAGGAGGAGGAGGAGGAAGAGGAGGCAGUGGAGGUGUGGAGGCUGGUAAUCACAUUGUAGGAAGAUCUAUAGAAGGAAGAGGAUUUGAAGGAGGAGGAGGAGGAGGAGGAGGAGGAGGGUUAGGAAUCAGAGGAGGAGCGUUUGCCAGUGAAAUAGGAGGAGGAAGAGAAUAUGGAGGAGGAGGAGGAGGAGAUGGAGGAGGAAGAGUAGAGGUUAUAGCUAGUGAAAUUGAAGGAAGAUUAGGAAGAAAAGGAGGAGGAGGAGGAGGAGGAGGAGAAAGAGGAAUAGGAAGAGUAAUAGCAGGAGGAGGAGGAGGAGGAGGUAUAAGAGGAGUAUUAGCUAGUGAAAUUGGAGGAGGAAGAGGAAGAAGAUUAAAAGGAAGAGGCUAUGAAGGAGGAGGAGGAGGAGGAGGAGGAAGAAGUAUAAGAGGAGGAGGAGGUGGAUUAGGAGUAGGUAGCAAAAUACGAAUAGGAGGAAUAGGGAAAGGAGGAAGAGGAGGAGGCGGAGGAGGAGGAGGAGGAGGCGGAGGAGGAGGAGGGGGAAGAGGAGGAGGCAGUGAAAUAAGAGGAGGAAGAGGAGUGGAGGGCAGAGAAUUCGAAGGAGGAGGAGGAGGAGGAGGAGGAGGAGGAGGAGGAGAAAUGAUAGCAAGAAAAACAGAAGAAGGAGGAGGAGGAGGAGGCGAAGGAGGAGGAGGAGGAAGAGGAGAAAAAAGAGAAGUCGUAAGCGAAGAAGAAGAGGUAGGAGUGGGCGGAGUAGCACUAGGCCUUACAUCCUCCUCCUCAUCUUCCUCCUCCUCCUCAUCCUCUUCCUCCUCCUCCUCCUCCUCCUCCUCGUGCGACAUCUCCCAGUUCGCGUGUGACAACGGAGGCUGCGUCGCCCUCAGCUCCUUCUGCGACGGGCAAGCUCACUGCACCGACUACUCCGACGAGCCCCCGGGAUGCACAGUCUGCAAUCGCACCUACUACGGGAUGGUGGAUCACACGUACCAGCUGGAGGUCCCUGCGCCCCCUGCCUCCCGCGCCGGCCCCCCAGCCUCGUCAGCGCAGGCCCACCCCCUCCUGCUGCUGGGGGGCACGCCAUCAGAGAGCUUCAAGUGCGUGCUGACCCUGGCGGCGCUGGGGGGACACCACGGGGAUAUCCUCCAGGUCACGUUCUCCGAGUUCCACGUGGGGCAUUUCAACGUGGCUUCGGCGGCCGAGGGAAGCGACGUCACCGGGAAAAUGAGCCUCAAUAACAUAGCCGGCGAAGACCCAGGCAUCGGAGGAGUCGAAAUCGGCGAAGGAGGACUAGGACUCUCAACGAACCCUCCAGGAGCCAUCGGGGGGCUGAGGCACGUCGGGGGCUGCGAGGGGGACCACGUGACCAUCGAGGAACCGAAGCUGAGGGAGCGAGGCGGGCGGUGGUGCGGGGAAGGGAGUGGGCUUAACGUGUACUUCAGCGAGACGGACUCUGUGGUGGUGACUCUGCACGCGGCGGCGACAACCCAGGGAGAGUACUUCGAUAACCCACUCCGCUUCAAGAUCAAGUACAAGUUCCUGCCGCGGGCGCGCGCCGAGGUGCGGUACGGGCGUGGCGGCGCCAAGUACCGCGGCGACGAGGUGCGGAACAGCGUGUGCAGCCGCGUGUUCCAGGGCUGCCGCGCGCGCCGCUGCCGCCUGCAGUCCCCGAACUUCCCGGGCCUGUACCCGCGCAACGUGACCUGCUACUACCUGGUGAAGGCGCUGCCGCCCCCCACGCGCCACCUGCUGCCGCUGGUCACGCUCAGCCAGGCCAACGACCGCCUGCUGCACGUGGGCCGCCAGGGCCUGGGCGGCCGCGUGUCACCAGAGGCGCGGCUGCGGCAGGACGGGGAGUGCCGCGCCCCCGAGGACUUCCUGCUGGUGUACGACGGCGGCUCCAUGAAGGCGCCGCUGCUGGCGCGCCUCUGCGGCACCGCCUCGCUGCCCAACAUCACCUCCAGCGGCCCCGAGAUGCUGGUGGUGUUCCAGGCCGCCACCUCCGGCAGGAUGAACCACCUGCCCAACCUGGUGGCGGGCUUCGAGCUGCGCGCCCACGUGGUGUUCAUGCGCGAGGCCGCGGGCCGCGUCGCCAACUCCGUGUGCGACUACGUGCUGCAGAGCGACGGCGGCUCGCGCGGAACCGUGUCCAGCCCCGUGUUCGCGCUGCCCGCCAACUCCUCCUGCACCUACCGCUUCGACGGGCGGCGCGGCGAGGCCGUGUGGCUCUAUUUCACCAAGUACCACCGCGCAGGGGCGCCCCAGGCCCGCCCCAGCCACUCGCCCUGCCCCAACCGCCUCGCCAUCUACGACGGCGACAAGGAGGUGGCGGGGGCGGCGCGCCUCAUGGGGGAAUUCUGCGAAGAUCAGCUGCCGCCCACGUGUGUGCGGGCGCGCCAGCGCGGCCUGGUGAGCCAGCCCUGCGGGCGCGGCGAGAGCUUCCUGUCCUCGGGGUCGUCGCUGGUGGUGACGCAGCGCUUCACGGACGGCACGGCGCUGCUGCCGCUGCGCUACGCCAUCCACUACGAGUUCGUGCGCCGCGGCGAGGCGGGCCGCCAGCCCGGCAGCGACUGCGACCACGACUUCAGCAGCGCGCGCAGCCGCAAGGGCCACUUCCGCUCCCCCGAGAACGUGUUCCUGUACGGCCGCGGCGGCAAGGCGUCGCUCUCCUGCCGCUACUCCUUCACGCCGCGCGCCGACGAGGCCGUGACGGUGCGCGUCACCAGCCUGGGCUUCCGCGGCAACAUGUGCAAGACGGUGCACAACACGCAGUCCGACCUCUUUGAGUGCAUCGCGCGCCUGCCCGGCUCGGCGGUGCUGGAGGCGUGGGAGGAGCCCUGGGCCCUCACGCGCCUGCCGCUGGGAUGCCUCUGCGACGCCUCCGCCGCGCCCGCCACCUUCCGCAGCCAGGCGCGCCGCGUGCACCUCAGGUUCGCCAUCAAGGACAUGUCUUGGGCGCAGGACUUCAACGACUUCUUCUUCGAGGCCGAGUACGAGUUCCAGGCCGCGGCGGCGUGCGGCGGCGCGCACGUCCUCAACGGGUCGACGGGCGCCAUCGUGGUGGGCGAGCGCGGCGAGGCGUGCCAGACGCUGCCCUGGAAGAUCGUGGCACGCGAGGCGAGCCACCUGUACCUGAACGUGCCCGGCUACCACGCCGCCAGCCAGCGCUGCGUCACCAACAACCGCGUGGUGGUGUACGGCAGCCACACGGCGCGGCCCAUCAAGGCCGUGUGCCCCGACCCCACCGCAACGCACGGCGUGCACGUCUUCUCCUCGGGCUGGACGGCCGUGCUGGACUACGCCGAGCCGCGCCCCGACUCCCUCAUCAUCCGCUACCUGGCGCGCGAGCCCGCCACCUACCGCCUCACCUGGCUGGAGGUGCGCCGCGAGCCGCGCCCCUCCGCGCUAGAGUCCCACAAGGGCGGCCUCAAACGUGACCGCCCCACCACCACCGCCGCCGCCGCCGCCUCGUGCCCGCACCUGUGCCCGCAGAUCGACGCGUGCAUCAGCGGAGACCUCUGGUGCGACGGCGCACGGCACUGCCCCAGCGGCGCCGACGAGACCAGCGCCACCUGCCUGUACCUCAGCGUGCCCUGGCUGUACGUGGGCGUGGCGGGGGCGGGCGUGGGCGUGGUGCUGGUGGCGCUGGCGGCGGCGCUGGUGGGCGUGCGCGUGUACCGGCGCGGCAAGGUCAAACGCAAGAAGAAGAAGGAGGCGCAGCAGCUCAUGACGCGGGAGGUGAUCCUGCCGCUCAACUUCCACAAGGAGAACAUCUACUGAGGCCACCCCGCCCCCCAUCAGGCCCCCCCGCCUCCCCCUUCACCCCCUCAAACACUCAGUCCCCCCUGUCCUCCUGUGAUCCAUGUGCCCUUCCCCUCACCCCUCUCCCCCUCACCCUCCAGCCAUUCACACACUACCCCCCUUCCUUUCUCCUUCCCCCUCCCUCCCCCCCGGCAGGAGUGGCCGAGUUCUGUAGGCCAGUUUUUAUACACGUUUUGUACAGGUCGUGGCGAGGUUAUGUACGUGUAUGUUACAUGUGUGUGUGUGUGUGUGUGUGUGUGUGUGUGUGUGUGUGUGUGUGUGUGUGUGUGUGUGUGUGUGUGUGUUUCUGUCUCCCUGAUAUCCAUGCCAUGCCUUAUCACGCCCCCC